AUGCCCCGCGCCAUGGCGCCGCGCAGGAGCGCCCGCGUCACCCGGCUGGCUCUGCUCGCCCUCGCGGCGGUCGCGCUGUACCGCUUCGCCGCGCCCGCCUUCGUCUCCCCACCCCGCGCCAGUGAGGCCCCGGGCGCCGCCGUCGGCACCGCCGCGCUCGCCGGCGCCGUGGGGGCCUCGCUGCCCCUCCCCGCGCGCGCCAUCGAGCUCACGUACGAGGGGUUCGGCGCGCCGGAGCUGCUCGUGAUCGCCCUGCCGUGGCUGAUCGCCGUGCCCGGGUUCACCCAGUGGCUGAUGGUCCAGCCCUUCAAGGACGAGGACGUCAAGGGCUCUCGCUGCCGGCGCCUCCCUGGGGCCGGCCGCCGGGCAGCUGUGUGGCUCGCCCGUCGAGCGCCGCGGGCGAGCGACCUCCCGAGGCAGCAGGCAAAGGACGUGCGCGCAGGCCACGGGCGCUGGCGCGCGGCAGUGCCCGCGGAGGCCGCCCUGCGGUCCGCAGCCCUGGCGUCGGUGAAAAGGCGAAGCAGGCCCCCAGCCCCGUGGGCGGGCCGGGCGUGGCGGGCGCCUUUGCCGGCGUGGCAGGGACAGCGCUGUCGCCGCCCUCCUUGUUGGGGGGAGAGGCGGCAGGAGCCCCCAUGA